AUGUUACAAGUUGAUCAUGAGCCAGUGUAUUCUCCUGAUCCUCAUCUAAAAAACACAGUUGUGAAGAAUUCGGAGAAAAAGAAUCCAUAUCAGUCGAUAUUUUUGAAAGCUUCUUCUGGUUUAUCAAUGCCAAUGAUCGAAAUAAAUAAUUUAGCAUCGGACGAAUCUCCUGAUGUUAUUUUAUCAACAGCAACUGGCCAUUCACUAUCAGAUGCUGGUGGUCCACUACCUGAAUGCUCAAUUGGUGAUAUAAAGUACGAUACAUCGAAUAUCAAAUUUUUCUUGAAAAAUCAACCAGGAAAAUAUACACUGGUGGAUAAUCCUAGAGUAAAUACAGUUAAACCAUCUGCAUGUUGGACUCGAUUUGCUCUUCCUGCAGUUAAAGAUGAAAAUCAUCGAAAAUUUUGCCGCCACAGAGCGUUCAAAUGUCUGUGUGUAUAAUAUAUGUAUCAAGGUGUGACUAUGUAUGUGUUUGUAUGUAUAGGUAAAUAUCCCACAUAGGCAACACAAAUCACUUAUGAAAAGUAAUUCUUUUUAAAAAAAAUGGCCUAAUGGUCCUACGACUAAGAGAAUAUCUUUCUUAAGUAACGUUGAACACAUCUAAUGGACUCCGAUCUUGAAAUCUGUUCUAAUGGAAGGAUGGAUUCAUAUGGUAAUGCGGAACUGUCGCGGUUUAGUAAUAUUAUCUUUAUUCAGGAUUGGCUGUAACACCUCUCGCCAAUGUGACUACUGAAGUGUAUACCUAUACUCGUUUUUCUUAUCGUUCUUACUUGAUAGAGGUGUCUUAUUAAACGAUAGUGUCCAGAGUUUCCCGAUUCACCCACAUAUUCCACAGUACAUCGUUUACAUCGAAUAUAGUACCAAAUAUUCGUUGUCCGACAGGUAAUAUAUUGUCGAAUCUUUAUCUCUGUCCCAAAAACAGUACCAAAAAAAGACGAACAUUCUCUACUGCAUUUACAACAGGAACAUCCUACUCGAUGGCAUUUAAAAAAUCCGAUAUUCUGGUUCAUCAGUGUUGGGGCUAAAUAUUUGAGGUUUCCCGUAUAUUCUCGAUAUACAAGUAUCUGUUUCAGAUUAGGGGGACAUUUAUAGACAAAUCUUUCAGUAGGCGUAGAAAGAUUUCGGCAUAUGCUUUCCAUUUCUCUGUAUCAUCCGAACAUAUACGUUUGACACGAUGUGCCAAUGUAGUAGCUAUGUUUUCAAUAAUAUGUUUCGGAUGAGCUGAUUUCUCUCUUACAUACUGAAACGUGUCCGUUGGUCUAAUGAAAAUUCUUGUCCCUAGCUGAUUUUUUACGUAGUCCUUAUAAAUGACUACAUCCAAAAGGUUGAUCUGAUCAUGAUCAAUAUUUUCAAUUUUGUAUUUUAAGCUAGGGUGAAUAUUCUUCAAUUUAUUUAGAAAUUCCUUUGUUUUUCUCCUAAUCAUAUAAAAAGGACAUCGUCUAGAUAUCUAAACCAUCAUAACGGUUUCAAGUCCACUUUUCCGUCACAGAGCGUUCAAAUGUCUGUGUGUAUGCACGUCCGUCACACCGUCCUCGUAUGUCUGUGUAAAAAUGUGCUAACUAAGACUAUAUAAAACUGUGUGCACGAAUGUUGUGGUUAUGUACGGUAAUGCAUUCAUUGAGGUGAAAUCACCCCUCACAACAACAUUAUUUGUUAAUAAAAUUAUUAUUAGUUACUUUAUUAUUAUAUAAAAAGUGGAGAUGGCCAGCGAGCCCUAUAGGAAAUUAAGACGGGAUAAAAAAGAUUUUUACUAUUAUUAAUAUUUACUAGAUUUUUUAAAAAACAACAACUUUUUAAAAACGCCUCUAAAAAGAUUUCUUUAAAAAUAUUUUAAUUAAAUUCAAGUAUAUUAAUAUUAAAAUACUCUUUAUUUAUUUAAUCUUUGAUAUUGAGCGCAGGUUUAAGCUUAUCUAUCCAAAAUGAUUCUCGUGCUUUUCUAUGUUCAUUAUUCAUGAAAUUGCCCUCGAAUGGUACAAUAAAUAAGUCGUUAAUAGAGUGACCUACUUGACUAAAGUGUUUCCCUAUACUUGUUGUACGGAUUAUAGUAAUCUGGGAUACGUGACGAAAAAAAAGUUCUCUGGCGGAUGUUUCUGUCUCACCUACGUAUUCCUCUCCACAUCGUCGGCAGCGUACAUAAUAGCAUAUGUUUUUGGUGUCACAAGUUAACAAUUGUUUAAUCUCGAUAUUACAAUCGAUUUCGGUGGAGAAGUUAAUUGUGUCCUC